UAUAUCGAACUACUGAAUUUGUGGUAUGGUGGCGGGUAUACGGAUGUUAUGGAUAACACCAGAAUAGCAGAAGAAUAUAGUUCGUUUUAGGAGCUAUUUCGAGCGGUGAACUAAAAUCCAGAAGGUGGCGGUAAUGCACUUUAAAUCACCACAAGUAUUUUCUAGUGGCUCGUCUCCGUUGCAGUGAUGUCGGCGUUGCUUUACCUCGUAGCAGGAGCAGUUUCGUUUUACGUGCUACUUUACUACGGCCUGAUCAGAGGAGCGAGAUGCUCGAGUUCAGUGAAGCUGAAGGGAAAGACGGCUAUAGUUACAGGGAGCAACACUGGCAUCGGCAAGUCCACUGCUCUGGAUCUGGCAAAGAGAGGAGCCAGGGUGAUCCUGGCCUGCCGCAGCAAGGAGAGAGCUGAGGCCGCCGCUUUCGAUAUCCGCAGAGAGAGUGGGAACAACCAGGUGGUGUUCAUGCAGCUGGAUCUGGCGAGUCUGAAGUCGGUCAGAAGUUUUGCAGAAACCUUCUUGAAAACUGAACCCAGACUGGACAUCCUCAUCAACAAUGCAGGUGUGAUGGGUCCAGGACGCACUGAGGACGGGUUUGGAAUGGCAUUUGGAGUAAACCACCUGGGUCACUUCCUGCUUACCAACCUCCUCCUGGAGCGACUGCAGAAGAGUGGUCCCAGUCGAGUCGUCACAGUGAGCGCUCUCCUGCACCGCCUUGGAAAAAUUAACUUCCCUCUGCUGGCCUCCAAUAAGGAUUUAGUGUUGGGUCAGUCUACCUGGCACAAUAUUCAGGCCUAUUGUAAUAGCAAACUCUGCAACGUGCUCUUCACCAGGGAGCUGGCCAACAGGCUGGAGGGCACCAAUGUUACCUGCUACAGCCUGCACCCAGGAGUCAUCCAAACAGAAGUGUGUCGCAGCAUGAGCCUGUGGCUGCAGCUCCUCAUGAUGCCCUUUGCCAAGCUCUUCUUCCUAAACCCCGAAGAGGGAUCCCAAACCACACUGCACUGUGCCUUGCAAGAGGGCAUCGAGCCUUUGAGCGGGCGCUACUUCUCAAAUUGUGAGCUGCAACAAGUGGGAGCCAAGGGACGAGACGAUGCCCUGGCAAAAAAGUUGUGGGAAGUGAGUGAAAGGUUAACCAGCUGAUCAUAACAGACAGAAUCCUAAUGCGUAAACUCCAAGGACUGGACAUCUGCACAUGUGAAAUGCCGGUAGGCUUGUUGUGAGGUGCCAUACGUCAGCACUUGAGGUGUGUUUGGGCUCAUUAUAGUGCUGCAUUAUUAAUACUUAUACACAAUGGGAAGUCUCUGGCGAGCUACUUUUCUAUCUCUCAGAGAACAAAAUGUGAUGUAUUGAUCUUCUGAUGAGGUGCUUGCUCCAGAUCAGUCUGAUGCUAAAAUUGAGCACAUGUACAUCUACCUGCAUUUUGUGGUGGACAACUAAAAAUUAAAUUAUAUUAAAUUAAAUUAAAAAUGCAAAGCUGCAGUGUUAUUCUCUUGACACUUAUGCAGUAAGUGACUUUGAUAAACUUUAUUAGCGAAUUAUCGCAGACUUCCCUGGUUUUAGUUAAAAGUCUAAGCUGUAUUCAGUACUAGCAAGUUUAUUCAGUGAGUUAUUGUUUAACCCCUGUUAAAAGCUCUGUGCAGCCAUCUUAUACUUCCUUAAAACACAAAAGCAGUAAAAUGGUAUGGGUGCUGUUAAGGUGAUUAAAAACGAGCUUGAUGAUACGAGCUGAGACCAGAAUACUAAUAAUAUUAUUAUUAGUAUAUGCCAUACAUCGUUUGGCAUAUGCAUAUUUUACAUACAAAUAAAAGUAGUCUGUUUUGUUAGAAUUUACCUGCAGAAACACUGGUCCUUUAUGUCUGCUAAAAGAUUAUUUAAUCACACAAGAGAUAUCAGAAGUGUUAUGAAGAGCAAAGGUGUGUACUAUGAUGAGAUCAAGCAUGUAUGAAGAAAAUAAGCGUGGAUCUAAAACAGCACCUUGAGGCACUCCUUAUGUCAUAGAGUCCAAAGUCAGUGCAUCGCACACUAAAUCUACAUUUUAAUAUAUGUCUCUUUAUCAAGAUUCUGUAUUUUUCUCUAUAGAAAUGAAUAAUUCAAGUUCUACUAAAUUUUGAAAAGACAAACAGCUAGUAAAUAGAGCUUUAAUGAUGUGCAUUAAUUGGUACUACUGAUAUUUUUGUUUGUUUCUUUGUUUUUUGGUUGCCUUAGAUUUGGCUUAAUUCAGCAUACAUUUCUUCUCUGAAAAUGUUAAAUGGUGCUUUCUACUUAUUGGCACCCGAUACGCUUUACAGACCCAAUGACAUGUUCAUCUGUGAUCACAAACACACAACCAUUCACACGGCAACUCAGGGUUCGGUGACUUGCCCAAGGACACUUGGGCAUGUGGUUCGUGUUCUGGGGAUCAAAUCACCACCAUGGACUGUCUUAAGCAGCACAUUUAAAGUGUCUUACUGAAUGUUACCACAUCGUCUCUUGUUGUUCGUCUUUUAUCGCUUUUCUCACAGUCAAAUGAUGCAUGAAUGUUUCUGUUAAGGAUUUCAGAGGAAACAGCAGCACGGGACAUUAACAAACAGCUUUUGUGAAGUAUGAAACAUCUGAAAUAAAUCUUUGAGCUAAAUACUUAA